CAUCAACCCAACCCGAACUCGACGUUUCAGUCUCCGCCCAACUUGCGGUUAAAUCGAUUGAUUCUCUUGUUCGAUAGUUAAAUCAAACAUUCAAAAUGAAGCACCUCGCAGCCUACCUCCUCCUCGCCCUUGCUGGCAACGAGUCUCCCUCCGCCUCCGACAUCAAGGAGGUUCUCUCUUCCGUCGGUGUUGACGCCGACGACGAGCGCCUCGAGAAGCUCAUUGCUGAGCUCCAGGGCAAGGACAUCAACGAGCUGAUCGCUGAGGGUACCACCAAGCUUGCCUCCGUUCCCUCCGGCGGUGCUGGUGGUGCUGCCCCUGCUGCCGCUGCCGGUGGUGCUGCUGCUGCCGAGGCCCCCGCUGCUGAGAAGGAGGAGGAGAAGGAGGAGUCCGAUGAGGACAUGGGCUUCGGUCUCUUCGACUAAGCGCGUCCCUCUACAGACGAAAAGUCCAUCAUUCGGGGGGAUUGGAAUCUGGCUAUUAAGUUCAGUAUUGGAAAGAACGCUGCUAAAAGGAAUAGUCGAGCCUGCAUUUCUAAGGCUUGUCUAAUGCCGUUACGAAUUAUGCAUACGUGAGCUUGAAAGAGCUGCUAGCCCAAUACAGAUUCUCUUGACCUCCUCGGAAUAUUAUGUGUCCUUGUAAUAUGAUGUGCCUACCUGAAAAUCGCACAUAAUGUAAAUAAGGCCUAAUGAACGACCAGUAAAAGCA